CAAUCAUUCUGCAUCUAGCAACACUCCGGGCCAGUUGUCAAAGAACUCUUGUCUUGUGCUGUUGCUCCCGUGUUUGUUGUAUCAAUUUGUAUGUCAAUUAUCAAUUAACCCUUGUUGAAUGAUGGCUUGUUGAUUAUUAAAAAGCAGUGCUGCCGUGACUUUUGAUGUGCACUGCGUGAAUAAUGGCGGCGGGUGGCGAGGAGCUGUGGCGCGAGUGCGCGUCUUGGCUGACGAGAUGUGGCUUGCUUCGUCCUGACCACAAGGCCAACUGGGAAACUAGCACGAUACACGACCUGGCGUAUACGCUGCGGGACGGCGUGCUGCUGUGCAACCUGCUGAACGUGCUGCAGCCGGGCUGCGUGGACAUGAAGGACGUUAACCAGCGCCCGCAAAUGGCUCAGUUCCUUUGCAUGAGGAACAUCAAGGUGUUCCUCAAAAUGUGCGACGAGGUGUUUGAGCUGCGGGAGACGGACCUCUUCGACCCGUCCAUGCUGUUCGAUCUGUCAAACUUCCAUCGCGUCCUGUGCACGUUGGCGAAGCUGAGUCAAUGUCCCAAGGCACUCGCUAAGGGCAUCAAGCCUUUCUCGGCUCACAGGACACAGUCUGAGGAAGACAUAUACAAAGAUCUGCAGUCCGUCGCCGUCUCGCUCGAGACGCCGAGAAGACUCGAGUGCCAACACACGACCACGCCCGAAGUCCCCUGGGUCCAGUUCACGAUACCCAGCGCCUCCUGCGAAGACCGCGUCGAGGAGAUAUACGAGGACCUGUGCUACGUCAAGUUCACGUCGGCUUUACCUGAGCUCGCUACGUCAUCGCACAGCCUGGAGAAACGCGACUACGUGAUCAGAGAGCUUGUGGACACAGAGUGCAACUAUGUCGACGUGUUGAGCAAGAUCAUAAAGUACUUCUUGAGGCCGCUCACGCCCUAUCUGAAGGCGCAAGAUAUGCAACUCAUCUUCUUUGGCAUCAAGGAACUCCACGACAUCCACUCCGGCUUGCUCCGUCAACUGAAGCUGGCCACGGAGGCCUGCGUGCCCGGCAACGGAGCCCCCCGGCUCGCCGACGUGUUCCUCACAUGGAGAGAGCGAUUGCUGCUGUACGGGGACUACUGUUCGAACCUGACCGCGGCGCAGGACACGCUGAAGACCCUGGACGCAAGAGACGCGACCUUUAGCAAGCAGUUACAGAAAUGUCAAAAAGAACACAGCGACGGCCGAAUCCAGCUCCGCGAUAUACUCUCCGUGCCAAUGCAGCGAGUGCUCAAAUACCACCUGUUGCUAGACAAGCUUGUACACGAGACGCAACCGAACCACGAGGAGUUUCGAGGUCUGGAGCGAGCGAAAGAGGCGAUGGUCGACGUGGCGCAGUAUAUCAACGAGGUGAAGAGGGACAGCGAGGUUUUGGCGCUUCUUGCUAAAGUUCAGGAGAGCAUACUAGACUGGGACGGCGGCGCGCUCGGCGCGGGCGGCGCGGGGCUCGCAGCCUACGGACGCCUGUUGCUAGACGGGGAGCUCAAGGUGAAAGCGCACGAGGAUCAGAAGCUACGCUCACGAUACGUGUUUGUCUUCGACAAGCUGAUGCUGCUCUGCAAACCUGUCAAGGAGAACCAAUACUCCUACCGCGUCGGCGUCAAACUGGCUGAAUACCGAGUCCAAGAGGGCGCUGGUCGCCGUACUCUAAGAAACGACGGUCGUUGGUCGUCGCAGUUUUACCUAGUGAGACGCACAAAGGACGCCACUUACACGCUUUACGCGCGCAGCGACGACUGCAAACGGAAGUGGGUGAAGGCCAUCAAGGACGCCAUCGACAACCUCGAGCCGGUCGGGUGCCGCAGCACCAAUCACAAAUUCGUGCUGCACACCUUCGAGAAGCCGGCCACAUGCCACCACUGCUCCAAGUUCCUCAAGGGACGGAUAUUCCAGGGUUACCUAUGUUCCGUAUGCAACGCUUGCGCUCACAAGGAGUGCAUAGCGUUGUCUGGCCGCUGCGGGGGCGGGCUCACGCCGGCCCCUCCCCUCCCCCCGCACCACCAACCGGACCAAGCGCUACACUACUACAUGUGGUACGUCGGAGAGAUGGGUCGUGAGACAGCAACCAAUCGGCUGGAGCGGCGAGUCGACGGCACUUUCUUACUGAGGGUACGGCCUCAUCCCACGCAUCACGCGGAAACCGACACUCAGCUAGCUCUCUCACUCAAAACGGACAACACGGUGAAACACAUGCGGGUAUGCCGCAAGCCCAUCGACCAGGUCCCGCAUUAUUUCCUCUCCGAGUCCCGCUUCUUCAGAAGCGUGGUCGAGCUGAUCUCUUACUACGAAAAGACCAGCCUCUCAGAAAACUUCGUCGGUCUCAACUCGAAUCUCCGCUGGCCGUUCCGCCGCGUAGUCGCCACGGUGGUGCACGACUUCCGUCCGCUGGAGUCUUCACAACUGGCCCUCCGGCCCGGCGCCAAGGUGCUGGUGCUGAGCAAAGAGGGCGACAGCCGCGGGUGGUGGAAAGGUCGCACACUCGACAAGGGCGACAACCGUUCCGGCUACUUCCCGAAAGAGUGUGUACGCGAAGAGCCAGAAUGUAUAGGCGCGCUCGACUGAUGUCAGCAGUGCCUCGCCGAGCGCGCCGCGCCCGCGCGAGCUUCCGACGAUGACGCCGCCGACCUAGUGUAGUCCACUUACACUACCGAUGUUAUGCGAGCCUGGUACUUGCGUGCGAUAU